AUGUAUGUACCGAUACAUUCAUUACGUAAAUGUGAUAUAUGUUCAAUAAUAAGUAUUGCAUUUCCAUCGACAAAUGAUAAAAGUUGGAAAAAACGAGUGGAUUAUCAUCAUAGUCGUCGAACAAUGCUUUACUUUUUAUUAUCAAUUAAAUCAACAUCAAACAAUAAACAAGUACUUGAUUUUAUCUGUGAAUGUUAUCCAAAUUUUGAUUGGUCAAUUGUUGAAGAAGAGUAUGCUCAAUUAAAAAAUACAAAUGAAUUAUAUCAAGUACAAUAUCAUGCUGAAAAUUUAGGACCCUAUUGGCAAUUAAAAAUAUCUACUCAUUUCUUAGGUCCAUUAAAGUCUCGUCAAUAUAUAUCUCAAUAUCGUUCAAAUGGUUUUCAACCAGAUGAACUUAAAAUUUAUUGGAAUUAUAAUCAAAUUCAAUCACUUACAUUGUUUAAUAAUUAUAAUCCAAUAACAGAUAAUGAUGCAAGAGAUGCUCUAUUAAAUUCACCGGUUCAUGAACGAAAACAUUCAGGAAUAAUACGAUUUGUUAUAUUAGGUAUUCAAGAUGCUGUUUUUAUAGUUCCCAAUGGUAAACAAGUGAUUGUACUCGAUUUUGCUGAUGAACGUAUGCCUGGUGGUUAUUAUCUAGAACAUGCUAUGACACAAGAAGAAGUUAUUCUUUAUAAUUCUGAUGCUUACCGUGCAUUAUUAGAUUUGAAAUAUACAAUAAUGGACGGUGGUUAUAUGUUACCUGAAUAUGGAGUUGCUUAUAUAAAACGAGUACGAUUUUUUAAAAAAGGGUCUAAUGAAGAACGUCUUACAGAUCUGAUUGCUGCUGCUUGUUAUGAUUUAUCCCAACAUGGCGAAGGUCUUUAUAAACCACCAUCACGUAAAGAUAAACAACAAAUACGUUGUCGUACUCGUCAAAAAUUUCAAACAUUAAUUGCAUCAGCUGUUGCAAAUACUGAAGGAGAUGGUAAAAAUACAUAUUUAUUAUUAGGACCCAUUGGAACGGGUGCAUUUUCUAAUGAUAAACAAAUGAUAGCUGAAUUAUUUUUUGAAAUACUUAACAAUUCAUUAAUGAAUUCAGAAAGAGCAAUACGAUAUGCAUUUGAACAAAUAUGGUUUGUAUCUACGAACAGUCUUCAAAUAUUUGAAAAAGUAUUUAAAGAAAAUUAA